GAGCGAGUCGACCUGUCGGUGAUCGCUCGGUGCCUCUUGUUUUGUUUGUUUCUGACCAUAUCUUAACAAUUUGUGAAUGGGCCUGAUUGCCGGCAAUGUACCGGUAACGUGUUUUACAGCAAACGCAAAACUAAUGACAAGCUUUUAUUUUGUAUUUCGCAUAUUCCAGAAUUCAGGAAUUGAGUGUCUCGCCAUUGAACUGCCCUCGUUUGUUCAAAAAAAAUUGAAAUGCGCGAUCAAAUCCAUUAAAUAACAAAUUUCGUCCUACUUUAGUACGGUACCGGUACUUCUGUAUUUGUGGUGUCACAAUGUACAGAUGUACCGUACGAUACUGAGGUAUCCCUUAUCUGCAAGUUAUUACACUGCAAUGGCAUCUGAACAUGCAGACGUGAGCCUAUGGCAGUACUGCAGUAUGGUGAUGUGUGGAGAUGGCUUGGUAGGGUAGACUACGGUAGCAUGAAAAUUACAUUAUGGGUAACAAAUUACGGAAUUUGGCCUGGAAAAAUUAAGGCAUCAUGAAGUGCGAUUCUUGCUCGCUAGUUCUUCCAACUGCUAUAAAGUUGUUUGAACACAUACAGCAAUCAUGUUUACUUUUCUACAAAAGUCAUCCAGCCAGUUGGGCAAAAAUUUUGUCAUCACUUGAUUCUGAUGAAAGCACUAGCACUGAAUCCAAAGCAGUUGCAGUUCCUCAUCCUCCACAAAUGGAUGCCACAUCAACUACUAAAUCCAGCUCACCAUCACCUUCAAGUUCAUCAACAAAUAGUACUGAAACUCCCAAUUCUAUUCAGAAAAAAACUAAAUUACCUCAAACUCACAGCAGUAAGAUGGUGAUGUUGCAUGCUCCAAAAACUGUGAACACCAUUGAUAUACCAUACAUUUGUAAGUGUGAAACUUCAUUCAAAUCGCUGGAACAAUUUCGCGAGCAUUUGAAAGUAUGUACACUUGGAAAAGAACCUCCAUUCUGUAUAAUGUUUAAGGGGCAAGAUAAUGAAAUGCUAAGGCCACUGAAAAAUGUGCACAUGACAGUUUCCGAUUACUUCUAUGGCAUUGUGGAUGAAAAAACGGUGAAACUUAAAACAGUUAAUCGUCGAUGCAAUUGCUAUAGCUGUGGAAAGACAUUGCGUAACAACAUCAGAUUUAUGAGCCAUCUUCGACAUAAAAUUAUCAAUGAAUGGGAAAAGAAAUCUCCGGCAUCUGAUAUAGUUGUUUGUCAGCAUUGUUACAGGCAUUACGACUCACCUUUUCAAUUGCAAUGUCAUGUUGAAAAUGUUCAUGGAUCUCUUCCAGCUGCAUGUUCAUGCAGAAUCUGUGAACUUCAUUUUGUAUCAGAAAGGACAUUCCUUUUUCAUAUGAAAGAUAAACAUGUUCACAACGAAUUGCCAUAUGUUUGUAAAGUCUGUAUGUAUCGAUCUUCUCACUACAGUGAUGUGAUUAAACAUUUCAGGGAUGCUCACACAGAUACUACAGCCCUGAUGUGUCCGUUCUGUUUGACCGUCUCCUACAAUGCCAAUUACUUCCUGAAGCAUGUUAUUCAGCAUAUUAAAUCCUCAGCUGAUUGUUACCGGUGUCGCCUUAAGUUUGUCAAUAUCAAGGAUCGAUCUUUUCAUAUACAGACUGAUCACCAAUCACAAACUAUAAAAGAAAAGGCGAAGAAAUUUAAGAAUCUAAACAAGUGCCAGGUUUACGUCAGAGUUUCUCCAUUACAACUUGCACAUCGACAAAAUUUAUUGAAUAAAACAAAAAUGUUGAAAGAUCAGAUUGAAUCUAAUUCAAGUGGGGAUUCUAGUCAAAAACCGAUAUUCUCGAUCUCAUUGCUACCCAAAAAGCAAAAUAUUGAAGUAGCAGGUGCUUUGACUGCAUCAUCAGUUGAAACAGGAUCACCAGUUGCAAAGAAGACGUCUUCCAUUCCAAAUGUUCAAUUGCCUGCUUAUCUCAGCCCUCUGAAACGGCCGACGAGAAUAAAAAAACUCAGAAUGACACCGAGGGAAUUUUCUGUUAUCAGAUGUCAUGAAUGCCAAGAUUCUAUUACAAUCGAAACUGAUCUUCUAAAACAUUUCAGUCAUUAUCAUGAGUGCAGAUGGUGUGUUUAUGUAACUGCAUGUGAAAAAGCCUCACAUAAUCAUGUUCUCAAAGAACAUGCUGAUGCUGAAAUGCGAGAAGAACUCACUGGAAGAGUUGAAAAACCCGAGUCUCCAAUACUUUCAUCUGCUAUGGUAGAUGAAGAAGAGCAGCCUACACCGCAGGUUAAGAAGGAGCCCACCAUUGAGGUCCCCGAUAAGCAAUUGCUACCACCAACAGCAGAAGCUACAGAGGAAGAAACAACUAAAUCAACGCAUGUUAAUAAGAGUGCUGAUACUUCCAAAGCCCGCCGCAAGCAAUCAAACCCAAUGAAAAUUAAGAAUAGUGAUUUUCCAAAUUCUCCUUCGCCGAAAAGAGUCAGAAAAGACAGAAAAGUUCAAACAAAAACCUUUGAAAAACAAAGAGGAAGUCAGACCUUUGAAAGUGAUUUUGCAGGUGCUGACGCAGAAGAAAAUUCAAACUCUACCUCAAUGCAAAAAGGACGCAGUACUGCUGCCCGCAGUAUUCUGAGUGAGGAUGGGGUUAAAAUAGGAAAACGAACAAGUACUUUCACUCCUGCUGUAAGAAAAAGAAAAAUCUUAGCACCUGAAGGUUUUUUCCCGGACAUUGAAGAUGAUGCUGGUUGGGCCAAAUACUUUAAAGAAUGCGAGGAUAAAACUCAAUCGGAUAGUUCUUUCAAUAUAAAAGUUACAGUACCAAUGUCCGCACUUCCUACAAUGGUGCCUAUUCAAACAACCGUUAACACACAACUGAAGUCUUCCAAUUCUUCUAUCCUGACAUUUCAGAAAAAGCUUCCAACUACAAUUGCUACCCCGGGACUGAAAAAUGUGGCAUCUGAUGAACAAGGUGCUAGUCCAAUCGCUGGUCUUUCUACAGUUGUCCGAAAAGUUAAUUCUGACACGGCUGCAAUUUCUCCUGGCAAUGUUGUUAUAAGUAAAACCAAGCUUGCGACAAAUUCUAAUAACAAACCAGUCUAUCAAUUUCAUAUUGUACCUAAAAGUCAAAAGAAUAAGCCAACACCGAUUGCUCCAAAGCACAAUUCAUCUUCCACUCAGCCACUGUUUGGUUUGAUAAAUAAAGUUCAAAGCAUGUUAUCUCAAGUACCACGAACACCAGUAGAUCUAAGAUGUCUAGAAGUGACUCACUCUACUUUACUAGUACAGUGGGAUGCUCCGAUAAAUUGUGUUGUAACUCAUUACAAAGUUGUUUUCCAAGGUGCCGGGGCCCCAACAGUUCAACUUCUGCCACCCGAGCAAACUCUCGUCAGACUUGUUGGAUUGAAGUCAGAUACUAUGUAUGUCGUUCGUGUCUACACACUUUACAACCAAUCUGUCAGCCAAUAUGCUUUCUUGUAUCAAAAAACAAAUAAGCUUCGUGAUAGCACAACUAAACCAGUAGAUGAUGUUGUUCUUGUGCUUGAUGACAAUGAACCAUUAAAUACACUACAUGGUACGAUGCCUACAUCUAAAAAAGAAACGGCAACAACUAAAAAUAUCAAUGGUGCUGCUAAGACCACAACAACUGCAGAGAAAUCUUUUGUACCAGCGACAUCAUCAGUCUCUUCGCUGACAUCUACCAGCCAUAAUUCGAUAACCACUGAUCAACAACAGGCUUUGAAAAAACAGCUGCAAGACGAAUCUGAGAAAAAAAAGGUUAUUAAUGAAUUGCUCGCCGGUUUCAAGAAAAAUAAAAAUCAAAAAAAUAAAACGGUAAAAUCGAAUAUAGGCUUGAGCGCUGCCACUGAGACUGCUGGGAAGGAAACAUGUAUCGGGAAAGACAAUCGACCAUUUGAGCAGGCUGAUGCCAAAGCAGUGACUGAUGAAUUGAAAGCAGAUGUUGAUAACGAGGUGCUCUCAAAUGCACCUGCCUCUCCUGAAGUAACCAUAGUGGCAACAUCGACAAUAGAAAGUGUCACUGGCAAUAGCAAACUAAUGAACAAAACGGAGGACCAGAUCAAUAUUGUUAAAGUUAUUCCAGCAAGUAACCUAGCAAGCACUGACAAAAGAGAAGAGAUGCAUGUGUUAAUUGAUUCACUAAACAAUGGUUCGAUCAUAUCAACUAAGGAAAAUAAUGCUGAGAAAUCAAUGAAAAGUCCUGAUGAAAUUAAAGACUCUACUGCAGUAUCUGAAGAUGUGAUCAAUAUUGUUAAAAUUAUUCCAGCACGUAACCAAGCAUGCACUGACAAAAGAGAAGAGGUGCAUGUGUUAACUGAUCCACUAAACAAUGGUUCGAUCACAUCAACAGUGGAAAAUAAUGCUGAGAAUAAAACGGAAUCUCUUGAUGAAAUUAAAGAUGUUGUGGUAGUUGGUGAACUACCACAUACUUUAUUAUCUGAUGAUCAGAUCAAUAUUGUUAAAAUUAUUCCAGCAAGUAAUCAAGCACCGACUGUCGGAAGAAAAGAGGUGCAUGUGAUAACUGAUUCACCAAACGUUGUAUCGACCGUGCCAGCAGCGGAGAAAGAAACUGGAACUCUUGAUGAAAUUAAAGAUGUUGAUGAACUACCGUAUACUGCAGUAUCUGAUGAUCAGAUUAAUAUUGUUAAAAUUUUUCCAGCAAGUAAUCAAGCACCGACUGUCGGAAGUAAAGAGGUGCAUGUGAUAACUGAUUCGCCAAACGUUGUAUCGACCAUGCCAGCAGUGGAGAAAGAAACUGGAACUCUUGAUGAAAUUAAAGAUGUUGAUGAACUACCGUAUACUGCAGUAUCUGAUGAUCAGAUCAAUAUCGUUAAAAUUUUUCCAGCGAAUAACCAAGCAUUUACUGUCGAAACUGAAGAGGUGCAGGUGAUAUCCGAUACACAAAACGAUGGCUCAAUCAUUUCAACAGUGGAAAAUAAUGCAGGCAAUAAAAUGGAAACCCCUAAUGAAAAUAAAGAUAUGAAUGAACAACCACAUACUGCAAUAUCUGAUAAUGCCAUUACCUUAACUUUGCAUCCAAACAGCAAUGUCUCGAAAAAUGCGAUAGAAAUUUGCGAUGAAGCCGAUCCAGAGUCAAUUGAGACAUCUGAUCUUCCUACAAAUCCAGUUUCUUGUGAGACCCCUAAUUCUGAUGAAACUGAAGAAAUUAGCAGUAACAGUGUCAAAGAUGACAAAGAAAACAUGCAGCCACAGACUGACGAUUGCGACUUGGGAUUUAAUAUUGUAAAUAUUGUUAGCUUGAGUAAUCAGUCGAAAGUUGAAACUAACACAACAAACUAUGGUGGUGAUGAAUUAGUGGCAACUGAAAGGAGUGAUACAGGAUCUGUGAAUAUUUCGCAAGAGGAUAUUUUACCCGAAACAUCAUCAUUACUUCCCACAAAUUUGGAAGCGUCAAACAAUGAAAAGGUAAAUAAUCAGGAUAAAAAAGCAGGAGGCUUGAAUGCUAAUGAUAUGAUGGAACUUGAUGACUGUUCGACAAAUUCUGAACUGAAAGACGAGAACAUAAGUUCAAAGUCCCCUACAUUUUCAUUGCCAAUUUCACCAGUACCACCAAGCCUAAAGGUGCCUUCUACAUCGACUUCUGAUGAAGACACCACCGAAACAGAAAGAGCUGAUGAAGUUGCUGAUUGUGAAGACAUCAUAUUGAAUCUGGACGACUCCCCUAUUCUACAAACAGAAAAUGACAGCACGGAUUCAGAUAAUGAAAGUAAUCCCGGACCUGAUGAAAGAGAGUUGAUGAUAGAAAAAAAUAAUGAGAAAGAUGUGGAUGAGGUGCAGUCAAUUGUAAAUCAACAAACUUCAAUUUGUGAUUCAACUCCUACACUCGAUGACAUCAAAGAUAUCAUAAAUGAAGAUCUGUCAUGGUUGUAACGUUUAUGGUAUUUUGAUACCUAUAUUUUCAGAAUCAUGUACAAGAGCUGAUGCUUUUUAUUUUGUAAGUAGUUGUUGCUCUGCCGAAAGCUUUUUUCGACGUUGUUCAACAUUAUGUAACAGAAGCUGUCUUGUAUGCCUUUUACACAUAAUAAUUAGAAGGCCUCUAAUUUCUGAUCGUUGGUUCAUUCACUUUCUUGUUUUUAUUUGUGUUUGGAGUGUGCUAGAGCUACAGCUAUAGUUGUAAAUAGGAUUAUGUGAAUUCCGCCUUCAGUUUACUUUGGUAACCUACUAUUGGGGUUAGGUAUUUGUACCGCUAGAUAUCACACUAACGUUUGUAUCUACUCAUUAAACUGCCACUUCUUUUGAAUAAAUUCUUAAUGUAUUAUUGUAAAGAAAA